AGUGGUGUACAGUCCACUGUGUCACGCAUGGCCACCCUCUGACAGUCAGCUAAAGCCAUGAAAAACUACGUAAUCCAGCUCACAUGAGCAGACUGUGUUAUCUAAAGAGUUUGACUACAUUCAGCUCGGUCAAGUGUCUCGUCUUUAUCACUGGAAGUAUUUUUAGUGUAAAAGCAAGUCUUUAUUGCAUUAACGUUGGUGUGGCGUGAAUUCCCUCCAGUUUUAUGAGAGGCAGUCAAACAGUCCUCAAGAUGUACAAAGCCGAGGGAAAGGGAGGAUUCUGAGCCGCUCGUAUAAAACAUCUUCAUCACAAGACCUUGUGACUGCUGAGGACCACCAAUUAUCCACAAUCACCAUGGCUAGCAUUCCGAAACGGUGGGUGAUGAAACCUUUGACACCAAAAUUAGAGAAGUCUGACCUCCGGACAUUUUUGAGCCCUGGCAGUGAGCCGUAUUCCUUAGAGAAUAGCUGGAGUUUCAGCCAGAAUGGCGAUUCCCAUCCAUUCUCCACUGAUAACAUCUCAGUGACCCAGUCCUCUGUGAGAGUCACAAAUGGAGAAGGUUUGGUGGAUGUUGUCCAUGCCAAGCAAGUGGCUGUGUCUGAAGACAGCAGUGAGGACUGGCAGCCUAGUACACCUACCAGUCCUAGUUCUGUGAACAGUUCAGACUCCCAUGUGGGUUUCUACUCCUUUGUGGAUGACCCAACAAGCCCAGAAGCUGAGAAGAAUGAAGUUUACAUGGUCUCACCAAAGAGGCAAGCCAAACUAACUACUCUGAAAGAGAAGAGUAGGUUUAAGCUACAGACUUACAUGGAGGAGAGAAGACCUGAGAAGCUGUUUCAAGAGACUAAUGGUGAUCAGUACCAUAUUGGUGAAACAUCAGGAGAGGACUAUGACAAAGAUAAGAUGGAUCGAAAUGAGAUCAUCCGGAGGCAGGCGCCUAAAAAGAAUGCUGUAUUCAAAGAACAGUGGAGUGCCUUGGAGAACCUAGAUCUUACUAACUCCCCACAGCGUCUGAUCGAAGGAUUAAGUGUGUCCUAUAGCCCUGUGAGCACAAAACCUCUAGAGUCUGAAGCAGAGCCCGGCACCAUUGACAACCAGCAAAUUGACUUCAAUGCAGCACGUAAACAGUUCCAAAUGAUGGAGAGCACAAUGCAAAACCCCUUCCAGAAGAAUCCUCAACAAGAAAAUGCUUCUCCAAAACUACGUGGACAAUCGUUGUCUGCAGGAGCAAAGCUUUUCACAAAGGAUGUCAGCAAAACUGAGACCCAAAUGGAUGACUAUUGGAAGAGACAAAAGAACGAGGCAGAGCCCAUCAAGGAGGAUCUAGAAAAUAGGAGUCAGACUAGCUUGAUAGAUUUUGUAGAGUUUGGACUUGACAACCAAAGCAUGGACUCUACAAGAGCUGGAAGUUUAUCAUAUGAGCCUUCCAUGUUAAACAGCACAUCUGUGGCUAGCAUGAGUGAAACACCCAUAGAGCGAGAGAUUCGAAUAGCUCAGGAACGAGAGCAAGACCUCAGGCGUUCACGAGGUAUAUUUCUCCCAGACACAUCAGAGAUGGUUGAAAUCAAGACCAAGCCUAUUCUGUCCCUACCAACACCACAAAUAAAGCCUCUAAAAGCUAAAGAGCCCAACAGAAUGAGUUUCUUCAUUCUACGUGAGAUGGAAAAGGGUAAUCAGAACACAGGUCUUCAAGGUGAAAGAAAGAGAACUUUUGGUUCUCUGUCAGACCAACUAGACAUUAUAUCUUCCAGCACAAGCCCAAGCAUAAAUCUCACUGGCAGAUCUAUUAUUACAGAGGACUCAUCAGUUAUAGAGAACCCUGAGAAUGUAGAAGAAAAGAAUGUAUUUGUAUUUGAGGAGCCUCUCUCACCCUGCUGCCCUCAUCGACACCCAGAUGAGACAAUCACUUGGAAGGAAAGUACUGCAAAAAUUCCAAACCGACUAUUUGAAACAUACACCAAUGAAAAAACUGCAAACCAGCCAUUUUGGAUGGCAGAUUAUAAGCCAAAAGAAUCACAGAGAACCUUUAGCACAACGUAUCCACUUUCCGUUCCAGCUGAACCUGUAAGAAGAAGCAGAUCUACAGAAGAUUGGAAAUCUCUUUCUGAGAGCUCAAGCGAUUGGCCCCGUAUGUUAAAUGCCCCAGAUAAAAUCCGCAAAGAGAUCGAGGAGAACCUCAGACGAGAGCAAGAGCUUCAAGAACUACGAGAAGCAAGCAAUCUCUCAUUUGCCUCGGAUGCCACAAUGGCCUCAGAUGAGGUGUCUGGACAAAGGAAUAAUGACCAAAAUCCAGUAAACAUCUCUUAUGACAAUUCUAUAGAGGUAGAUGCUGCCCUACCACAAAAAUCUACACAGAGGACCAGUUACAGUUCCUCUUAUUCCUGGAAUGUGGAUCCCACCCCUGUGUCCUGUACAGCAGUGCCAGGCCCUCGUUCAAGACUUUCCUCCAUCAUGACAGCCCAACCGUGGAGUAGUCUCAAGCACACAACCCCUGCAGUCCAUAAGGCAGUUCCUACUCUUCCAUCUAGUCCAUUAACUGAAACCUCCUCUCACAAGGGCCUGACAAAGACACUGCUGGAUGACUUUGAGGAAAGGCGAGUCAGACUGAAGCUUGAGGAGAGCUCUUAUGCUGGAAUUCAACCUAUUGAUGACAUUAACAAUGAGGUUGUAGAAGUGACUCGUGUAACACGGCACAAAAACACAAGGGCUCUACGCUGGGAAGCUGGUGUCUAUGCCAAUGAAGACAAUGACUGAGUCUGGACAUGCUGUUCAAGUGGGAAAUAUGCAUAUACCUUAAUACUAAUGCUAGUAGCAAUCAUCUCCAGACUUGAUUAUCUGGACAGGCUGGAUCUAACUGACAUCUUGUACUUAUGAUGGCACCACCCUUUAAAAACACCCUUAAAGAACUACUGAGGCAAUAUUUACCAUGAAGGCCCUUCGGAGAUACAGAAAACUAUGUCAUGGUUUGGAUUAUAACUAAUGGGCAUUAUUUCAUGAUUUCAGAGUUCUUGGUUGGAAACAUGGCUUCUCUCAAUGCUAGAACUUAUUUUUUUUACCGAAUCAUUGCCUGAUAUUGGUCAGAGUGGUAGAAAAUACCGCAGUUUGAACAAACUUGCCAAUAAUUGUUCUCUAAGUCAUCAGUAUUACCAGAAAAUACAAAAAAAUGGAGGUUUACCAAAUUUAAAAAACAAACAAACUUGUAAUCAUAAAUGAAAACAUCGAAAAGUCUGAGUUGUCUAUAUCUUAAAAUAGUCGUUAUAUUUUUUUAAUGAUAGAGAAAUCGCACUGAUUUUAUUAUUCAGUUUUAGUAGAAAGUCAAACUUUUUUAUGUACUUUUUUUGAUCAGAAGUAUGUGUUUCUUUAUUACAAACAGAAA